ACUGAAAAUGAGCAGUGAAAUUUAUAUCGAGUACCAAUUUCCAGUGGCUAAAAAGCGCAUAACCCUACCAAGCAUUGAAUAUAGACGCCAUUAUAUAAAACCACCUAACACUGUCAAACAUGCUGAAAUGUUUUGUAUCGAAUUGUGAAAAUAUAAACGGAAUACAGUUUCCAAAAGAUGAACAACACAAAAAAGUGUGGUUGGAAAAUUUGAAUAUCGUUGGGAGAGUGCCACAAGAUGUCGAUUUCGUUUGUUUAGACCACUUCGACGCAAAUGAUUUAGUCAAUGGCGAAACCGAUAUAAAGGAAGGUGCAGUACCAAAAUGUUUACCACUGCAAGAAGAAAUAAGUUCUAUGAUGGAAGAGGGUAUAAUUGAGUUAUCGGAUUCAGCACAAAUUAAUAUAAAAGAAAUUUAUACUUGUCGACUAUGUGGUUUGGAAGUUGCCAGUGCAAAACAUUUAACUGACUUGGUAGAUAACAUAGAAGUUCGUACCAUUAUAAACAAAUGUUUAUUUCCGUUUCAGAUAACAAAAGAUGAAGAAGACAAAUCUAAAUAUGUUUGCUUGGAAUGCUAUGCAGCUCUGCAAAACUUCUAUAGGUACCGGUCCAUGAUUUUCGAAAGGAAUAACGUAGUUGAAUGUGAAAUAAAUAAAGAUGUGAGAAGCGACAAACGUAAAACUGAUCUUGAAUAUGAAUCUGAAGUUAAAAAACCAAAACUAAUUGAUGGUGAUGUCUUUAAAGAUGAUAUAGAAAGGCAACUAGAAGAGAUGGAGAAUGGCGUGGCGCCCGAAGAGUAUUUGGAUUCCGACGUCACAUUUGUAACCGACAGUGAUAAUUCAGACGAUUAUGAAAUAAUUAACGCGACGUCGAAAUCACACCAUAUCGAAAAACCUCAUGUCGUCAUAGCCGAGAAAAAAUACGACCAUGUUGAAGAAGAAUUGCGUAGGGUUCUAGAGGGUCAACUUUCGGAAGAGCAAAUUCAAGCGGAAAAUAUCAUAAUUGCUGUCGAAGCCGAUGAGGAAACCAACACCAGAAAAGCUUCGAUAUCUCAAAUGAAACUUCCGAUCGUUAUCAAACAUGUAGCAAAUGGACAACAAAAUAAGAAUUCUAUUAUAAUGGAUAAGGAACCAAAUGGGUCCAGUCAGAAGAAACAGAAGAUCCCUGUUAAAGAUGGUCAAGUGGUAUUACCCAAAGGUAUAAGUGUUCGAGUUCCGGAAAAAUACACCUCUGAUGUGGGAGUUUAUGAAGGAGUUCCCAGACUUUUUAUUUUCAACUCCGAAUUUUGCAUGGUCGAUGACUAUCUUUAUGAGUACCGAUUGUGUAAAGGAAAUUUAAGGUAUCUUCGAUGCAUUUCCCCAAAUUGCAAAAGUUUGGCUAUGCAAAAGAAAUUGAGCAGCACCGAAUACAGUACAUCAGUAACAGUUAAAGAACCACACAACCAUCAAAAACCAAACGAAAAAGAAAUGAAGAAACAAAUGUUUUAUCACGUAAUGAAAAGGAUGAUGCAAAAUGAUAAAUCCAUGAACUUCAAAUCCGUAUAUGAACAAGUCUGUGAAAUAGAUCCUGAAAUAAGGACCCUGGUGCCACUUCGCAAUGUUAUUCAUGAGAUUUGUCGUCAUCAGUUAAGUCACAAGCCGCCGGUGAUUUCCACCUUCGAUCAGUUCUAUGAUAAAAUUGAAGACGACAUAUACAAAAAGCUUCACUUUACUCACGGCAGCAAACAAUUCUACCAGGAGAAAUUUGAAGCGGAAGAUGACAGUAAAGCCAUUGUGUUUGCAAAUUGUGAGACCAUCGAGGAAGUAUCUUACAGUAAACUUAUGUACGUGGACGCCUCAUUCCGGAUAGACUCAACCGAUCAGUUCAAAUACCAAUUAGUUACCAUACUAGUCUGGGUGGAAGAAAGCUAUUACCCCAUCCUGUUUGCGUUGGUCAACAAAAAGACGCAGGGAAUUUACAAGAAGAUUCUAGAAUAUUUGCACGACAUUCUGGCUCCAAAUUUGCGACCGGAAGAGAUUGUUACUGAUUACGAAGCUAAUUUAUACUAUGCUUUAGGUGGAACGUACGUCGAUUCACAUAUCGGCGGUUCAGUUUUCUACUACACUCAGAAUUUGUACAAGAAAAUCUGUUCCCUAAACCUGUCACGGGACUUGGAGGCAAAUUCAUACUUCAGAAAUAUAUACCAUAUGUUAUUGAUGUUGCCGCUAUUACCUGUAAACACAAUUUUAGACGGACUGAAUAAUAUAGAGAUACAAGCAAGAGAAUUAGGAAUAAUGGAUCUUACUCAGCCAUUGUUCGAGCACAUAAGAACGCAAUGGAUGCAGAAAGUCACUCCCGACUUGUUCUGCGUCCACAGACUGGAAAAUCGGAUAAAUGAAAAUGUGAUUGCGCCUUUCAAAAAACUGAGAGAUUUUCUAAUGUUUGCUAAAGGUAAAGGUGCCAAACAUUCUUCCACAAUUAUGGGAGUGGUAGAAAAAUUGAUAGAACUCGAAUCCUUCUUGCAAACUACCUAUUCAGCACCCAACAAAAAAUCGUUUGCCAGAGAUCUGUCUAGUAGUCAAAAGAAAAACGUAUUAAAAGCCUGGCAGUUUAUUGAAAGUCAUCCGAAAAUAAACAUUAAUAACUUCUUUACAAAAGUACUGGGAUACAUUAAAUGUAUGGAAAAUCAACUGUGGAUUUGGGGAUUUUACCGAUACACCGGUGGUGUUGAGGAUGACUUAAUAAACUGUGUAAAUUUCAUGAUAGUUUCAAACGAUCUUGAAAUUGCCAACAACAAAGUUAUUGACGAGGGAGAAUUCGCGGAUUCGGAAAACUCUGUAGUCAUGGAAGCAGUGAUAGACGAAAACGGUGGUUUCGUGUUGCAAGGGGACCAUGAAGUUGACCAGUCACCGUUUAACAAUGGAUUUUUAAAUUAUGUUUACAAAGAAUAAUGUGUAGGUUACACAUUUCAAAAAGUAUUUUCUUGUUUUGUAUAAAUUUUGUUUUAAUUAAUUAAGAAACAAUUAAUUUAAUAAAAAAAUAUGAAUUUUA